AUGAUCUGCUCCAGCUGUCGACGAAUAUUUCACUCGCAAAUCGGCACUCUGCGCAACCAGAUUCCCAAACCAACUUCCAGCUCCAUAUCCUCGCCCAGUAUCCGACGGCGUUACGCAUCCACUGUUCCAGCAACAUCCAAUGCCGCACCCACCGAACCCUCACCCUCGACGAUAGGGGCGGCGUCCUCCAACACAGUCAAAUCUCAACCACUCUCCACCCCUGGUACACCGUCAAAGACCUUACCCACGGCGGCGGAAGCCCGCAAGCCGCGAAAACUGAAGAGCUCGGUGGUUGCCGGCCAGGAGUUGAAAGGAUUGGGCUAUACCAAGGCCCAGCCCGUCAUCAAGGCCAUGGAGGACCAUGAAUACCCGGACUGGCUGUGGACGCUGUUGGACGACACCGCCAAAGCCGGCGAGGCGGCGGUCGAUCUAAAUGCAAUGACCAAGAAACAACGCGCCCGAUACGACACACAGCAGGAACGCCUGCGCAAGAAUAUUCCCGUGAAAAUUCCUGUGCACGAACAGAGUAAGGAUCUGACGGGCCCAGGUGACGAUGCCAUCACCAGUCUGCAGCGACGGCAAGAGGUCACCAAGAGUGCACGUGUAGCAAACCGGAAAAAUAUCCGCGAGACGAAUUUCUUGAAGAGUAUGUAA